AUAUAAUAGAGAGAAAGCACUUACUGAAGUUCAUACUCCUCCCUCAUUCUUUCUCUUCUUGAUGCUCAUCUGGAAGAAGUGCUUUGGCUAAAAGCAUUAUAUAAACAAGGUAAAGAGGAGAUUGUAAUAAGCUUUGGAAUAUUUGUCCAUCCAUGGACACAGUGCUUCCACCACCUUCUCUCUGCAACCAUCAUCAGGAUGCACUAACAUCUGAUGAAAUCUCCAUGCAACAAAGCCUGCUAUUUUCAGAUAGUCUCAAGGAGUUGAAGAACCUGCGGUCGCAGCUAUACUCAGCAGCAGAGUAUUUCGAAUUAUCUUUCUGUGAAAACAGAGAGAAAUCAAUAAUGCUCAAAAAUUUGAAAGAUUACACAAUUACUGCACUUCUUAGCACUGUAGACCACCUGGGCUCAAUAUCACACAAGAUAGAUGAUCUUCUCGACGAAAAAAUCGACGAGGUUUCACGACUGGAUUUUCGAGUAUCUUGCAUUGAACAGAGAAUGCAAAUUUGCCGAGAACUAGUCGAUCGCGAAGGUCGUUUGCAGCAAUCUCUUGUCAUUCAAGCUCCAAAGUACAACAAGCAUUACAUCUUACCAGGUAGUAAUGCGCUUGAAUCCGAAAAACAUACAGUAGCAAAGUGUCAACCACAAGAGUCUUGGACUGCAAAAUUUCAACCAGUUAGUAGGCAACAUUCAUUCAGGAAGAUGUGUUUUCCGCCUCCUUCACCUUCGAUUCAGCGGUCACGCUCCCUGUCACCUUCUCGGAGACUGCAUUUUCCGUCAUCGUCGCAGCGAAUCGGCGACUCCUUAAGACGCACCGGUUUAGAUAAAAGAGCGAUGUCUCCGUUACCAACUACUUCGAAUCCAAUCACAUAUACCGCUUCACUAUCGUGUAUGCCAACGGUUCUCAAUCCAUCGGGCAUUACAAGAUGGUAUUCGAUGGACACGCAAAAUUCAGCGGCAAUGCGCCUUCGAGGAGAAAGGAACAAUCAAAAGGAGAUGGAUAGAAGUUCAAACAAGAGCAGAAGCUUCCUCAAGUUGUUGCUUACACGGCGGAGAUCAAGAGAAAAUGAAUCAUUGUACAGUUACUUGAAUGAGUACUAAGAAAGAGGAACCCAUGAUCCUAAUGCGGAAGUUCAAUGGAAUGUUUAUGCCCUUGUCAUGGUAUGUUUCGAACUUCUGAAUCGCAAGAAGAUAUUCUGUAAAAUAAGUACAAUUUGAUCUUUCAACAAAAUGUGGGCCUUAUUGUAUCAUAAUGUGAUUCUAUUUCA